AUGUACUUACUAAAUUGUUUGUUAACUUGUCCCCAGGCAUGCCUUAACGUGCUGACCAAGCAGGAGGCCUCUCCGUGCGUGGAGAAAGAAGAAGUCAAAGUAGAAGUGGAGAGAUUCAUCGACCACGCACGACAAAUGGAGGCUUUCUUCUUGCAGAAGAGGUUCCUACUGUCGGCCAUGAAGCCGGAGCUCCUCGUGAAGGAGGACAACAAUGAGCUGAAGUGUGAGUUGCAGCGGAAGGACGAGCUUCUGCGACGGCACUACGACAAAGUCAGCCAGUGGCACAGUCUGCUCGCGGACUUGCAGGGUCACACGGUUUACAACAAAUGCCAGCAACAACAACAGCAGCAGCAGACCUCGCAGGCUCCACUUCAGCAGGCCGCUUCGCCCAUGCAGCAACCUUGCGCCGUCCAACAGAGCGUUCAGGCCCAACAGAUGGCAGCGGCGGCAGCAGCCCAGCAAGCGGCACUUCAGCAACAAGCGCUACAACAGCAGCAGGUACCGCGUCCGCCCCACCCUCCCGCCUAUCCCAGUGCUGGGCAACGCCGGUAG